UCCUUUGACAUCCUUCGACAACCAGCCGACUCUCGACCUCGUCCGGACAUUCAAAAUGGCCGCUACUACCUCCGUUCCCACCCAGAACCAGGUCCUCGUUCCCGAGACCCUUCUGAAGAAGCGCAAGUCUCAAGAGGCUGCCCGCGCUGAGCGCCGUGCCGAGGCCGAGAAGACCAAGAAGGCCAACAAGGAGAAGCGUGGUGUUAUCUUCAAGCGUGCCGAGUCCUACGUCCAGGAGUACCGCACCGCUGAGCGCGAGAAGAUCCGCCUCAACCGCGUUGCUCGCCAGGAGGGCAGCUUCUUCGUUGAGGGUGAGCCCAAGCUCGUCUUCGUUGUCCGUAUCAAGGGUAUCAACAAGAUUGCUCCCAAGCCCCGCAAGAUCCUCCAGCUCCUGCGUCUGCUCCAGAUCAACUCUGGUACUUUCAUCCGCCUCACCAAGGCUACCCAGGAGAUGUUGACCAUCGUCAACCCCUACAUUGCCUACGGUUACCCCAACCUGAAGUCCGUCCGCGAGCUUCUGUACAAGCGUGGUUACGGAAAGGUCGACAAGCAGCGCACUCCCCUCACCGACAACCAGAUCAUCGAGGAGCACCUCGGCAAGUUCGGCAUUGUCUGCAUGGAGGAUCUGAUCCACGAGAUCUACACCGUUGGCCCUAACUUCAAGCAGGCCAACAACUUCCUCUGGCCCUUCAAGCUGUCCAACCCCAACGGUGGUUUCCGUACUCGCAAGUUCAAGCACUACAUUGAGGGUGGUGACACCGGUAACCGUGAGGAGAACAUCAACGGUCUCAUCCGCCAGAUGAACUAGAUUUCUUCUCAUGAAGAAUUCCGGUUGGAGCGUUCUCUGAGCGCACUAAAAAUGUUACAAAAUUUUACGACUUUACUGUCUUGGGUUGUUUUUUGCACGGGCUGUUUAUAUCCACUAGUCAAUUCUUUUUUUAGCGAUACGAUGGUCUGGGGUUUCCGAUCAAUUUAAUGCUUCAAACAACCCAAUUUCAUGGUCAUGGGCCUGGUUCCUGUCGUACUUU